UGUGAGCCUUGGGUUUGUGGGAACUUCUUGGAGCUGUCGGCCGCCCAUGCGCCGGACCGAUGCAAGUGGUUCCUCCCUGGCGACGAAACGAGGUUCCAAGCCGCCCGCCGGCCAAAGAUGGAACCGGAGGCUCCGUCGGAUUCGCAGCGGCCGCGGUUGCGAUAGGCCGACCAGACUUCAAGCAGCACUUGCGGCAAGUGGCGCAGCACUUUGCGUCGCUGGCCGCGGUGGCGGAAGGGCCGGGGGGCCAGGCUCCCCUGCGGGCACUGCCCACGCCCAUCCGCGCAGAUCGCCGCGAGGAGGUGGCGGCCGAGGAGGUCUUAGACAGGAGCCUGCCUUGGGACCCGGCGCCGUGUUUGCCUGCGCCGGACUUCCAGCACUACACCCCCAGCAGCUACGAGCCGAGGUACCUGGAGAUGCGGAAUGGUCACCCCAGGGACAAGCUCUUGGACUUCGACGCGGUGUCCCACAGCUACUUCCUGCGGCGCCGCGCGGUCGGGGGCUCCGUGACCUUCCUGGCGAAGCAGCACUGCAGGGACUUCCAGGCCUUGGAAGUGCUGCGGCGCAUGCGCAGCGGCCGCAGCCAGGCCUGGCCGCGGGCGAAGUACGUGGAGGGCGCCGAGCCCACGGAGCUGCAGCAGCUCAGGCCGGACGGCCCCUUCGGCCUGCUGCUGCUCGAAGAGGAGCGCACUCGCGCCGCGCUGCAGCCCGAAGAGGUGGAGGCCAUCUGGCAACAGCAAGGCGAGGUGCAGCUUUGGCGCCUCGGCCUGGAGAAGGAGCUGCGGACCCGCGCCUGCCACACCUUCGGCGCCUGCCUCCUAGGCGCGCCGCUGCGUUUGCUCCGCUUCCAGCGGGCCCUCACCGAGGAGGAGAUCGUGCUGCGCUGGGCGCGCCAGGGCCGCGAGGCCGCGGACCGCGGCACCGAGGCGCACUACCAGCUGGAGCUCUGGCUCAACCGCGACCUUUGCCGCCUGGAGGAGCCGGAGGUCCAGCGGGGCCUGGCCUUCCUGGCGCUGCUGGCCCAAACCUUCCCCGGCGUCAAGGCCUUCCGCACCGAGUGGCGCAUCUUCGGGGAAGCCGAGGAUCUGGCAGGAUCCAUCGACUUUGCCGCCCGCAUGCCAAACGGCACUCUGUGCCUGAUCGAUUGGAAGCGCUCGGAUAAGCUCCAGAGCAGCCUCUGGAACAGCUUCGAGCGAAUGGCGGCGCCGUUAGAUCACCUCCACGACUCCAAAGGCGCGAUCUACGCACUGCAGCUGAACCUCUACCGCUGGCUCCUCGAGACCUACUACGGUGAGCGAGUGUCGCUGAUGGUCCUCGUGUCCAUUCACCCUGAGGUGCUCUUCCACACGGCGGUGCCGGACCUGCGCGCGGAGGUGUCCUACCUCCUGGCGCGGCGCCGCGAGAGGUACCAGGCCCAGCUGAGGGCGGAGCAAAUGGCGCCUUUCUGGCUGCGCUGCGCCCACACGGGCCAGCUCAUGACGGAGCCUGUGCUGCUUGGGGACAGAUGCUACCAGCGGUCCUGCGCGAAGCGCCUGCUGCGCAGCGGCGAGGACCUGCCGCUGCAGCCAGAGGUUUGUGAGGCUCUUCGUUCGCUGCUUGCAUCAGUCGAGCCGCCGCAGCCGGCAGAGCCGGAGCCGCCGGAGCCGCUGCCAAAUCGCAGGGACUGGGAGGAGCUCAUGCCGCCUGAGGGCCUGACGUUGAAGGAGAUGUGACAAAUUCGAGGAAUUCGAUGCGCACGCACGCGAAAGGUCGAGAAGAGUCUGCUCCCAGUAGUGCCCUUCUCUCCCCAUUUUUGGGGGGAGGGUUCCCCUAC